AUGUCUACCUUCGAUUGUCUCAACUUCAGUGAGUAUCUCGCCCUGGAGGUUCAGGGUUCUCAUAUGACAGAGGUGUACACCUCGCUAACAGCUUUCUGUGUUGCCAUAGCAACGUUCACUGUGGCAGCUAACCUGAUCGUCAUCACCGCGCUGAUCCACUCAAAACGUCGAGGUUCGAACCCACCGGACUCCAGGAACAACAACAACAGCUGCUUGACCAAGCUGUUAAUGACGUCAUUGGCGUUCUCUGACCUGAUGCUGGGGGCGACGAUAAUGCCGCUGGAGUCGGCAGAGCUGUUGAACAGGGGGAAGUUGAAGUUCGGCAGUGUGCUGUGUGCGUUGAGGGUCAACAUGAACAAUGUGUUGUGUGCGGUGUCUGUGCUGCAUAUUUUCUCAAUGGCCUUAGACCGACUUGUGGCCGUGUGUAGAUCCCUGCUGUACCGGCAACUCUCAAAGACAACUGGGUACGUCAUGAUAUCUUUAUCGUGGGGUGUUCCCCUUGUGUUUAUGUUUAUACCUGCUAUGAUCGUGUGGGAUUUUAACACCGACAGCCAACAAUGUUAUAUUUAUAAUUUCCACUGCGGAGCCCCGUUUAAAGAACUUGUACAGGUAGUGUUCUCUACUAUUGUGUAUUACGUGUCAUUUUCUGCCACCUACGUCAUGUAUGUCAUUGUGCUGUGGAAAAUUCAAAAGUUCCACAAACGGAAGGAGAGAUUUGCUAAAAAUUUGAACGAAAAAUCAAACGAGAGAAUCUACACAGAUAAGAACUUGAAUCCCGGUGGUGGAAACCUUUGA